AUGGAUGAGCGAAAGAACAUUUGGCAAAGUCGCUUUUAUACCGUUCCUAGAGCGUACAUGAGCUUGGUAGGAAUAUGGCCCUACCAUGCGUUUCGCGACAGAUGUUUGCUCUUUGUGCCGAUGUUCAUGUUCUCCAUCACCAUUCUUGUACCUCAACUACUAUACCUGAUGAUCGCCGCGGUGGAUCUUGACGAUGUAUUCUCAUGCACCCCAUCGAUGUGGAUCACUAUAAUAUUCAGUUUCAAAUUAGGCUGGUUGAUGAUGCACAACAAGAAAUUGAAGACUUGUCUCGAGACAAUGGAGAACGACUGGUUGUCGUUGAAUACGAACGUCGAAAGGGAUAUUCUACGGAAACAUACCGCACACGGACGGUAUAUCACGCUAACGUACGGAGUCUUUAUGCAAUUUGUGGGAAUCCUUCUUAUAUCGAAAUCGCUCGUGGUGAUGCUGCUGGAGGAUACUUCGGAAGCGACAGUAUCCUCGCUAGUGGCAGAAUCGAAGCUACCCCUCAGGAUAGAAUAUGGGAAAAUAUUAGACCAGUAUCUAUAUCCCAUGGCGAUACAUUGUUACCUGGCCGUGUUCUCUCACAUCAGCAUUACGAUCGCGGUUGACUCCUGCUAUAUCGCUUUGAUUCGACACGCGUGCGGGAUGUUCGCGAUUGUUGGACACACGCUGGAACACAUCGGCAAAGAUAGCGAUGGCAAUUUCGACCUGAAGCCCGACAAGGUAAAAGACGACAAUUACAACAGAGCUUUGGGCUGCCUGCGCAGGCAUCUGCACGUGAUACAAUUCGCGGAACUGAUCGAGUCUACGUUCACAAAUAUAUUCUUGGUCAGCGUUUGUCUUAACAUGAUUGGCGGCAGUAUGAUUGGUAUACAGGUGGUUUUGAACUUGAACGAUGCAAAGGAUAUUGUAGAACCUUUUGCUAUUUAUAUUGCUCAACUUAUUCAUCUCUUCCUACAGUUUUGGCCGGCUCAAUUUCUAUUAGAUUAUAGUAUUCUUCCUUACGAAUCAAUUUGUAAAUCAAAUUGGUAUUAUACUUCGGGAAGAUGUCGAAAACUUCUUUUUUUAAUUAUGAAUAGGAGUGUGCUACCAUGUAAAAUAACUGCCGGCAAAGUUGUGCCUUUGACCAUCGAAAAUUUUGGCACAGUAAAAUUGCAUUAUUAUUAGCAUAUUGUCAUAAUCAUCUUUUUUUUAAAA